GAAAAGAAAAGGAGGGCGCCUGCAUUCUGAAGAAAGCGAGCGGCACGGGGGGGGCCAAAAAUCCUGCAUGUGGUUGGCCUUCUCGCAGGCGGGAAGUAGCGCAACAAUAUCGCUUCUCUGCUCCGAUUUCCCGCCCUUAUAGAUUCGGCGGCUGGGCUUCCAAUAGAAGUUAUAGUAAGAGUGGAGGGCGUGACGCUGGGAAUUUCUUUGCCUUCUAGAGGCCUCGCUUGGUUGGAGGGCUUUGCUAGAUCACGGCCUCGGUCGCUGGCUUAGAAAGCGCGGCGGGUGGUUCUUUGUAGAAGUCAGACAGCCCAAGAAAGGGGAAGCAGGCCAAGGCCAGCGGCCGGGCUCGCUGGGACGGGGCAGAAGCCCAGGAAACGAGGGUGGGCGCGUCCGUUUCUAAUGCGGGCCGCUACUAGUGAAGGGCGCCACUAGCAAGCGCGGGCCCGUUUUGUCAUGCUACUCAAAACCGCCUAGAGGGCUCCUACUAGUGGCCGCGUCUCCGCGAGCAGAUAAGAUUCACAAUCGGGCGACUCGGUCGCCGAGUCAAUUUGUUCCGCUAGCGUUUCGCGAUAGUUUUUUGAUUUUAGAUUUACUGGACGACCUAUCGCCGGCGUCCUGGACGCCGGCGCAGUAGUCUAGUAUAUUUAGUUUUGUUUCAUCUUAGAGACCGAUGCCGAAACAGAUACAGAUGAUACACAGAUGAAGAUGAAAGCGACUCGCGAGUAAACUGAUUUGG